UUUGUGUCUUUGUGUUUUGGGCCUUAGAGAUUUUUGUGAAUUUCUUGUGGUGGUAGCGAUUGGAAGGAGUAGGAACAAUGGUGGGUCGAUCGCCAAGUUUGCUGUCCCGGAAUGGAAGUUUUAGGCCAGAAAAUCUGGGGCAAAAUGCAUUGGCAAUGAUAGGGAAUCUCUGUUUCACUAUAUUUGUUGUUGGAGUUUUGAUUUUUACUAUAAUGGCUGCAACUUAUGAGCCUGAAGAUCCUUUAUUCCAUCCUUCGACGAAAAUCACUAGUUUCCUUACAUCUAAAUCUGAUGCCACGUUUAAAGCUGAUGACACUGUUAUGAAGACUGGUGAGGACUUUAUUGGUGCAAAUCAGAAAGCAUUUUCUACAUUUAUAAACCUAACAGAUGUCGACGUUUCGCUGUCAGCUACAGACAGUGGCACUGAGAGUGAUCCUGAUUGUCAUGGGAAAACUGAUGAACCAAUUGAUUGUACUGAUCCAGAUGUAUUUCAUUUGUUGAUGAGAGUGGCUAUUGAGAAGUUCAAGGAUAUACAUUUUUACAGAUUUGGGAAGUCAGUCCGUGGAUCGAAUGAUAGUUCGUGCCACAUGGCUUGGCGGUUUAGGCCUAAGGAUGGAAAGACUGCUGCAUUUUACAAGGAUUACCGCGAGUUCGUGGUUUCUAGGUCGGAGAACUGUACACUUAGUGUGGUGAGCAUUGGAGAGUAUCAUACUGGUGGAAAUGCUCGGAAAAGGAAGAGAAAGAGCAAGGACAGAAUUUCAGGUAAGUCAGACGAGGGGUUUGAGAAAGUUGCGAAGACAGGGGGACAAAAUGUUGCUCUGCCUGAGGUUGGUGAAGCUGUGAAUGACUCACUUCCUGUGGUGGAAUCAGAGAGUUCUUUCAAGCGCGGUAAGUAUUUGGUAUAUCAUGGAAGUGGAGAUAGGUGCAAGAGCAUGAACCAUUAUCUCUGGAGCUUUAUGUGUGCGUUAGGCGAGGCACAAUACUUGAACAGGACAUUGAUAAUGGACUUAAGUAUUUGUUUAUCCAAGAUAUACACUUCAUCUGGCGUAGACGAGGAAGGAAAGGAUUUCAGGUUUUACUUCGACUUUGAGCAUUUAAAGAAUUCAGCAUCAGUUCUUGAUCAGGAACAGUUUUGGGCUGAUUGGGAAAAAUGGCACCAAAAAGAUGGACUAUCUCUCCAUCUUGUCGAAGACUUUAGAGUUACACCAAUGAAGCUAUCUGGACUGAAGGAUACUUUAAUCGUGAGGAAAUUUGGUAACGUGGAGCCAGAUAAUUACUGGUACAGAGUAUGUGAGGGUGAGACAGAAUCUGUUGUUCAACGGCCAUGGCAUUUGGUAUGGAAGUCAAGACGUUUGAUGGACAUUGUCUCAGCUAUUGCCUCUAGGUUGAACUGGGAUUAUGACUCAGUUCAUGUUGUGAGAGGCGAGAAGGCAAGGAACCGUGAAAUGUGGCCACAUCUUGCUGAAGAUACUUCUCCAGAUGCUCUUCUAUCUAGUUUGCAAGACAAGAUAGAUGAUGGAAGGAACCUAUAUAUCGCGACAAAUGAACAAGAGACAUCUUUUUUCAAUCCUUUAAAGGAUAAGUACUCUACACAUUUCCUCAGUGACUAUAAGGAUCUUUGGGAUGAAGGCAGUGAAUGGUAUUUAGACACUGCAAAACUUCACAACGGAAGUCCUGUCGAAUUUGAUGGUUACAUGAGAGUUUCAGUUGACACUGAAGUUUUCUUGAGAGGUAAAAAGCAAAUCGAGACAUUUAACGAUCUCACUAAAGACUGCAAGGAUGGUAUCAAUACCUGCACUUCUUCCAGCUAAUCUAUGUACUCGCAAAGGUUUACCACUGUCGCGUUGGGAUAAAUCUUCCGAUAUAUAGGAAAAAAAUUUGAUCAUCAAGAUUUCUGUUAGUUUCUCUUCUGGAAAGUAAAAAUUUGUUUCAUUAGUUAGUACAUUCUCAGUUUUG